CAUUAUUACUGCGGACUUGGCCGAGUGCAGAUUAGUAAACAUUAUUCUAUAUAUUCGUGAAAUGAUUGAGCAUAGUUAAAAUUAAAAACUUGUCAUACUUAAAUUUAUAUUAGUAAACAAGGUAAUCAGCAUUUUUGGCACAAACCCUACAGUAAAUUGGUAAACCCCAAUGGAAUCUUCAACUGACGGCGAAGACGAUGAUAUUGAUGAUAUCUAUGAUGACGUGUCGGGGGCGCAGCGCGGGCGCGAGCGGCAUGCGGCCCCUGCGGCAGACGCCCAUGGAGGUCGGCUAGCGCGCGCCCAGCCCCCGCGCCCCUCCCCCCGCCCCACAGCCAUGGAACUCUCUGACGUGCCGAGACACCGACCCCUUGCCUUCGAUAAGAUGGAAAGUUUAAUAAAAGAAAUGCAAGAUCCAGAAUCGGGUGUGCCUGUUCGAAGUCAAAAACUCUUUCUCACCUACAUUCCGUCUGCUUUUAUGGCCAACGCGAAGAAAGAGGCUCUAGAAAUGUCUCACUCAGCUCACUCAGGUUAUGAUCUUGUCGAAUGGCUAAUGGACCGGUUCAACCUCGACGAACAAAGUAACGUUGAAGCAAUAAAUUUAGCCAAUCAACUCUGCCAGUAUGGUUACUUCUUUCCUGUCAACGAUUCGAAAAACUUAGUGUUAAAAGAUGAUUCUUCUCUAUAUAGAUUUCAAAGCCCAUAUUAUUGGCCGUGGCAACCGCCACGGGUAGGCGGCUCGGCGCCCGGCCUUGCCGGCUCCGACAACGUCGAGUACGCCAUUUACCUCGUAAAGCGAACGUUGCGCAACAAGCAGCGACAUGGUCUUGAAGACCACGAGGUGGAAGCGCUGGCCAACCUUAAGAAGAACCUUGCUGCAAAGUGGGACUUCAUUACUAUGCAGGCUGAAGAACAGGUGCGGCUAGCAAAAGAUCGCAAGAAGGGGGAUAAGAUAGUCAGCGACAGCCAAGAGCGAGCCUACUGGAGAGUGGCGCGGCCACCACCGGGACAACCGAGCGUACAGGAAACCUGCCCCGUGCCUGUCCGCUCGAGGGUACCCAAGGCCAAGAAGCGAACCAUCCCGCAAAUCACCAGGGAGAUCGAACAUCUAAAGGCGAGCCUGGACCGUACGCGAGUGAAGACGUCUAUUGCCCUUGAGGCCCUUAUGGCGUACUCGGAGACGUUCACUCCCUACGAUCCCUGGCUCACGCCGCCGCAGCCCUCCAACCCUUGGAUCAGCGACGACACGUUGUAUUGGCAAAUCAACAGUCCCUUAGUGGAAGUGCCAAGUGAAAAGCGCGUGCAACGGUGGGCGAUAAGCAUCGACGAGCUAGUAUCGGAUCCCACGGGGCUGCAGGAGUUCACCAGUUUCCUGCGCAAGGAGUACUCGCACGAGAACAUCCGGUUCUGGCUGGCUGUGAUGGAUCUGAGGAGGAGUAGUGUCAAGCAAAUAUCGAAGAAGCUUGAGGAGAUUUACGAAGAAUUCCUAAAGCCCGGCGCGCCGUGUGAGAUUAACAUUGACGGUGCAACCAUGGACCGCGUAGUUGAAGACAUGCGGACCGGCUCGCGGUAUGCGUUGGACCACGCCGCCGACCACGUGUACUCGUUACUGCUGAAGAAGGACUGUUAUCCGCGGUUCGUGCGCUCCGACCACUUCCGGAGGCUGCUAGAGGAGGGCAAGAAUGUGCAUCAGAAGAAGAAAUUCUUCAACUUUGGCGGCGGUCAAGUAAAGAAGAAGCCGGGCAGCACGGCGACCGGUGGACUGUCGCGGCGGCGCGGCUCCGACCGCUCCCUGUCGGGCUCUGCGCAUGAGCUGGCGGUCUGCGCCGCGCAGCCGCCGCGACUGGCGGAGCCACCGCCGCAUUCACACUCGCAGUCCAACCUGGCCGACAUCCCCUUCAGGGAUCCAAUGGACGAUGACAGAUCGGACGUGGCGCCGUGGGAGACAUCAAGUCGAGAGAGCUCAUCUUACAGUGGCGCGCGACGUCGACAGGACUCCGCCGCCGACUCUGGCAGCUCCUCGUCCGACGUCAGCGCCGCCGUGUGCGGCGAGCGCGCGCGCCGCCUGCCGCAGCAGAGCACGCUGGACGGCGGGCUACGUGGCGCGCCGCCGCCCCUGCGCCGCCUGUCCGCCGUCGAGCCGCGCCACCUCGCGCCGCUCGCCUCCCCGCCACGCCCGCGCCCCGCGCCCGCCGCCGCGCCCGCGCUGCCUCCGCACCCCACGCCUACCAUCAGCGUCAGCUCCGCGCCCGACGACGACUCCGCCUGCGAGCCCCCUGACUCGCCCGACGAGCCGCGCUCGCUCGCCGUCUCCGACGAGCCCUCGUCCGUAUUCGCUUCGGCCGACGCCACACCCACCGAGCCGGCACGCACCACCCUGCGCGCUCUCGAGGACACGCCCGAACUCGACCCAUCGACGAUCGAGGAGACAGGUCCGGCCUCGAAAACUGGCAGCAAAAUCGGCGAUCUUCCAGAGAGCGUUCCCGGGAGCGAUGAUGCCGAGUCGUCGCCGGUGCGAGCGCCCGCGGCCGUGCCCGCCGCGGUGCCGCUCGCGUCAGCCGGCCCCAGCCCGGCGCCGGACAGUCCCGCGCCGAUCACCCCGGCCGGUCCCGCGGCGGUUGUGCCGAGCAGCACUGCGGCGGUGGCGCCGGCCGCCCCGGCGUGCGCCGCGACGCUCGCGGCCCCUGAGCCCGUCGCGCCGCCCCCCGUGGCCGUACCGCCGCCCGCCCCCGCGCCGGAACCGGCGGGCUGGGCGGCUCCCCCGGCAGCUCGCCCACCGGAAGCCGCAAGCGCCCAGGGCGCGGAGGCGCCGAGCUCGUCCCCCGCGCGGCCACCGGCGACGCCGGUGGCGCCACUAGCAGUAGGGGAGGACAUCGGGGUCGACGACGACCACGUAGACAAAGUGCCUUCGGCGCCCCCGCAGGUCCCGACGGACCUCGCGGCGGCGGCCGAGUCGGACGCGACGAAAAAAAUUGCUCACAAAGACGAACUGUCGUCGGUUUCGAAAUCUAAUAUUGUUAAGCGUGAUAAUAAGAACGACCUCGGUGAUCGUAAACAGCGGAACGACAUUUGUCCCUGGGAGGACGAGAACUCGUGUGAGAGUGAUGCUCCAUUUGUUAAAACGUAUGCAACGCUCGGUUACUUAUAACUUUUAAUUUGUGUAGGAAAAUAUCAAGAAUAUUUUAAAAUUGUCAGGGUUCAUUAUAGAAGAUUGAAAUAAUAUAAAUUUAAUUUUUUAUCUUAGAUCCUAUGUUCUAAUUAUCACAGAUUAGAUCAUUAUUAUGUAAUUAUAUGAAUAUUUUAAAGUAAAUGAUCGUUAAUUAUUAGAAAA